GUGCAUACUUACAUAUUUUGCGGUCAAAUCACUCAACCAGCAAUUGUUUGCAUGGUCCAAUAACACAUGCAAACACGCACUGACGCCCCCACACCCAUAUGUUCAGUCACACCACACCUCGACAAGACACACCACACCGGGUGGGGCGCGUCAGGCAUCCAUCCACACACCCAUACACACACACAUACACACACAUGUCAAUCAGCCAUCAACCAUCGACGCACACGUCACACCGCCCCCCCCCCUCCCUCCCCUCCGCCUCAGUAGCUACCUCCGGUGCAAUCCAAUCACCUGACUCGCACACUCACUGUGUGUCGAUCUGCAUCAUUCUAUCCUCAUCCUGGUGCUGCUGCUGUCCGUCGGGUGUGCGCGAGCGGAUCUGCUCGCGGCACUGCAAAGCCUCCUGCAGGGCGGCCAACACACCCUGCACACACACACACACACACAGAGAGAGAGAGAGAGAGGGGUCCUCCUUGGUGUGUGCGUGUGGCUUUCUUUGUACGUUUUUGGUUGGCUGCUCGGGGGCGAACGAGUAACGGGGCGGCAUCUCUUCGUCACCACCACUCAUGGCGUUGCUACCUGCAUCCAUUCAUCCAUCCAUCCAUCCGUCCAUCCAUGGAACAUAGGAUCUUCAUUGUGUCUUGUGUUGUGUUGUGUUGUGUUGUGUGCUCACUAUUCUGCGCCGGCGCCAUUAUGGCCACUACGGAGAAGCAUGACCCAUCGCUGUCCCAGCUAAGCUCUGUGUCGUGUCCAUAACAUCCACCCAUGGGCACCUCUUGCUCUCCUCACCCACCCACACACCUGUGUGUGGCUGCUGCUGCUGGUGGUGGUGGUGGUUGUGUGUGUGGUCUUCCUGGUCGACCUCGUGCAGCAGCUUGAGGAAAUACGACGCCACCGAGGCCAUCUCACCCCUGCAGCACACAUCACACCACACCCACAGGCGCAUAUAUGGGUGGGUGAUCUGAUCUCUUUGGGCGAAGUUCGUUCGUCCUCACUCUGUCAGUGUCAGUGGCUUGAGCGAUGGCGCUGUGCACACACACGGACACACAGAGUCGCGUCCUUGCCCCUGGGAAGGAAGGUCUUUCGCGUAUCGAUCUGUCGUGUGUGUGUGUGUGUGUGUGUCUACCCUGGUCCUUGCCAAUGCGGUCACAGGCGGAACCUUCACACACACACACACACACACAGACACAGGCCGGGAGGGUGUGUGAGUGGAGAAGCCAAUAUAAUAUGCGGCACUUGUACGUGUCGAUUUGCGAGGCCUCUUUGGCUUGGUGGACGCGCCCUUCUGCCACACACACACACUCGUAGACAUCACAGCACCACAUAGCUAUAAGUAGCGUAUGGACCUUUUACCUGCUGUGCCUUCGGUUUGGAACCGCUCUUCUGCUUCUGCUUCUUCUUGGCGAUGCCGCUCUUGCGCGCCACCGAACGCUCCCCACUGCACACACCCACGCAUUGAGGCAUGCAGUGUGGGUGUGGUGGUUUGUAUGCGUGUGUGUGUGUGUGUGUGGCUACGUGAGCGUGGGUGGUUUGGCACAGUGUUCAGGCGGCGAGGGUGCUGGUGGCGGUGGCUCGCUGUCCGCUAUCCGCUCACGCGCAUCCUGCACUUCACCCUCGUAAUCCAACUACACACACACACACACACAUGGAUGGAUGGAUGGAUGGAUGGACGAGUGUGUGUGCCUUUAGUAUGGCCGCCUGUUCCCUCAGCUGCGCCGCGUUCCUCUCCAAUAUGCCCCUGCACACACAACACACGUGGGAGUGGGCCAUGAGUGCAGCGCGUCUGUGAUACGUACCCAGGAAGUGCUAUGAGUGUCCGCUGCAUCCUGCUGCGGAAGUUGCUGCGAGCCGCCUCUAAUGCCACACGAACUAUCGACGGCGAACACAGCUGACACACACAGACAGACACGUACGUGACACACACAAAGAGAGAGAAUCCCACGAGAGUGUGCGUGUAGUCACGCUUACCUCGGCCAUCUCUACGAGCUUCCGAAUGGGCGCGUCGCGCGUCGUCACACCCACUAUAGCCGAGACCCUGCCAGCCAGCGCCAGCCAGCCAGCCGCCACACAGGAAGGAGGAACAUACAAGGAUGUUUUCUGUCCCAGCUCGUGUGUGUCUGUGAGUGAGCGUGGCGUGCCUUUCUCUUGCGCCUGGGUGUGCCUGGAAGUAGUCUAGCAGCGAUUGCUUGAGCGACGCCCGGCCACACUCGCCCAGCGGAGGGACCACCUGCCCUCACAGGCAACACACGCGCAUCCAUCCAUCCAUCCAUCCAUGUGGCGUCGCGUACCAGUUCGCCAUUCUGUCUGAACACGUUGCGCACGGCAUCAUCAUCAUUAUCAUCAUCCUGCUGCUGCUGCUCAACACACAGCACACAGCCAGCAACUCACAGCCCAACACAUGGAGGGGUGCGAAGGUACUCACUGCAGCCAU